AUGGACCUGGGCGGAGUGCGCAAAGGUGAAACCCCGAUGGAGACUACGCGUCGGGCGAGGAGAACAAGUGGGGGUGGCAGCGCGAGCACGGCAUGCGAUCUGGCCGAGAGUCACGGCCGUGUCACAGCAACUGGCGCCAUCCUCCACUUCCAAACCAGGGGAUAUGCAAAUAUGAGUCGGCAUGCGAAUGCACCUGUGACUGCCGCGGCACUGGCAUCGGCACCCGCCCAAGCGGCUAAACUGCUCGGCCGACCGGCAGGAGUCCGGACCCGGGCGGGAUAUGGGGGCGGGCGUCGGGGUGUUGUAUCGGCGGGCGACAGCCUCGAUCGGACAGUGGACGAUCAUCCCUCUCACGUGAAGGGCGGGAAGGCGGGCGGUGCGCUGUCCGUUUGGACGGCUGCUCCGCGCUGGUGGUGGCCAUUCCUCGGCUGCGAAGGUGGUCGGAACACUGUUAGGGGCAGUGCAGAGCCGUUUAUGGCACAAGGGCUGCAGCACUCGAUCUGUGAGCUGAUCAAGCAGGGCGGACCACGUUCACGAGGUGGUCAUGAGCUGUACAUGCGCGGCCGGCUAUUGUCGCCCACGUCCAAGAGGGUGGGAGAUGCCGUGGCAGUAGAUGGGAAUGUGCGGGUGUGCAUAUGUGUGCGUGACGGACUUCUGAGCGACUGUCGUGGAGCUGCUGGGCGAGACUGCGGCCAGGCCGCACAGCCAGCUGGGGCGGGAGGAUCAAGCAGGAAGGCACACUGCCCUGGCGGGGCGUGGGAAAGCGGGGUGGAUGCAUAG